UCUAAUAACUCUCUCUGUAACUUACUUCUAUUUAUUUAACAAAGUGCAUAUUAUUAUUGUAUCUUAAUUAUUUAUACAAUUUCGAGUUCUUUCUUCAUAAUUUAAAGCUGGAAGAGUGUGUAAAUUUAAUACAACAUGAAUGGUUGUAUAUUUCAAGAAUCUAUUAGGGUUCCAAUUGAUAUUAACGAACAGUCUACUUUGUUAAAGACAUCAGAGCCGAUACGUGUUUCUAAAUUUUAUACUGAAAGCAAGCAUGGAAAAUUUAUCAGUUAUUUAUAUGAAGAUACAAAAACCCUCUAUGAUGCUUUUCGUAAAGGUGCGAAAGAAUCAAAUAAUGGUCGAUGUCUUGGUUGGAGAAAUGGACCUAAUGAACCCUAUCAAUGGUUGCACUAUAAUGAGACUCUUCUAAGGGCUAAUAAUUUCGGUUCUGGUCUUAUUUCUCUUGGUCUCUCACCUCUUAAUCACUCAUUUGUUGGGAUUCACAGUCGAAAUUGUAUAGAAUGGAUUUUAACAGAACAAGCUUGUUAUUCAUACUCUUUAGUGCUUGUUCCUUUAAAUGACAUGCUUGGAAUAGAGGCUAGUGCGUUCAUUAUAAGCCAAGCUGAAAUCAAUAUAAUGGUGUGUGAGGACGAUACUAAAUGUAAUGCCAUAUUAGAAAAAGCACCAAGGUGUUUACAAAAAAUAAUAGUUAUUCGUGAAACGACAAACAUUACUAAACGUAAAGCAAAACGAAAAGGCAUCGAAUUAAUUAAAUUUUCAGAUGUUGAACAGCUUGGUACGCGUGAAAAUUACUCUGAAAUACCUCCGAAACCUAAUGAUUUAUGCACAGUUUGUUACACGCUAGGAACCACAGGUAAUCCAAAAGGCGUGAUGCUUACUCAUAAGAAUAUCAUUUCAAGCAUUAGCGCAGUUUUACUUCAAUUAGGUGAAUACAAGCCAUCAAGUAAAGAUACAAUGUUAAGCUUUUUGCCCUUAGCUCAUAUGUUAGAACGAUGUAGCGUCAAUGGAAUGUUUAUGGUCGGCGGAUCAGUUGGUUUUUAUGGUGGUAAUAUGAAACAACUAUCAGAAGAUAUGAAAGCAUUAAAGCCAACCAUUUUAAUUACUGUGCCAAGAUUUCUUAAUAGAAUGUUUAACGAGGUUCGAUUACAGUUGAAUAAUUCUCUUUUAAAGCGUACGAUUUACAAUUUGGCCUUAAGAGCAAAAGAAAAUGACUUAAAAAAAUGCAUAAUAAGGAAAAAUUCUUUGUGGGAUUGGCUUAUUUUUAAAAAAAUACAAAAAAAUAUCGGCAAUAAUUUACGUUUAAUGCUUGUUGGAUCAGCUCCUUUAGCAGGAAACAUUCUCACUUUUGCUAGAUGUGCUCUGGGAUGUUUGAUUGUAGAGGGAUAUGGGCAAACUGAAUGCUCUUCUCCUAUAACAUUAACUGUACAAGGAGAUACUUCGACAGAUCAUGUUGGGCCACCAAUUGCUAGCUGUUGCAUAAAACUAGUAGAUGUACCUGAAAUGGAGUACUUUUCUAUUAACAACCAGGGUGAAAUUUGUGUUAAGGGAGUGAACGUUUUUAUAGGGUACUUUAAAGACCCUGAAAAAACUGCUGAAACUAUCGAUGCCUUAGGAUGGCAUCAUACAGGAGAUAUUGGAAUGUGGCUUAACAAUGGAACAUUAAAAAUAAUUGACCGUAAAAAACAUAGUUUUAAACUUUCACAAGGGGAAUAUAUUUUGCCUGAAAAAAUAGAAAAUACGUAUUUGAAAAGUCAAUACGUUCAUCAAAUUUUCGUACACGGAGAAUCAUUGAAAUCAUUCAUAGUUGCUAUAGUCGUUCCAAACGUUGAUGUGCUCAAAACUUGGGCGGCAACUAAUAAUAUAAAUGGCACAUUGAGCGUUCUUUGUUCAAGAGUAGAAAUAAAAAAGCUCAUACUAGAUGAUAUUCUAUUGCAAGGAUCGAAUGAUAAACUGAAACCAUUUGAACAGGUAAAAGAUAUAUAUCUACACCCUGAUCCAUUCUCGGUCCAAAAUGGUCUUUUAACAACUGCACAUAAAAUGAAAAGACUUCAACUCAGAGCUUAUUUCAAACCACAGCUUGAAGAUCUUUAUCAACAAUCAAAAAAAGAAAGUCAUUGA